AUGUGUGUUCAUUAUUACUUGCCUUGUGGUUCUAAUGGCACACUGCAUGUUCCUUUACCUAUAUGCCCUAAUGUCUGCUCGUACAUGUCAGAAACAUUGUGCCCCGAUAUCUGGUCAUUUGUUGUGAAAUUUCUUGAUUCGAAUCAAGUUACACCAGGUUAUAGAUAUGAUGAAGGAAUCAAGUUACCAGUUUGUAAUAAUACAGCUAAAUUGAUUGAUUACUUGAACCUCACUAGUGACUGUUGUUCUGAUGGGGGCAUUAAAGUACCUCAACCAACUAAAACAACAACAAAAGUGAUUAAUACAUCCACUACACCUGUCCCACAUUCCACAACUAUUCAAACAACUAGAUCCACACCUCUGAUUCCUGCCAUUGGCACACCAUCUGCCUCAAAUCAGCUAACAUCUGCCUUGAUACCAGGAAUGAUCAGUAUUUUAUUAAUGUUGCUGGUAGUGUUGGCAAUAGUAUUAUCUGUUGCUUGUUGCGUUAAAAAGGCAAGGAAUCGUAAACAACUCAUGAAUAAAGAGUUUUCCAUUAAAACUAAUUGUUCACUACUUUUGAAAAGCAACAAAGAAAAUAUCUACUUCUCCGACAAAACUUUUGAGAUAUCAUCUGAUUACACGAAUCAGUUGUCAAAGUAUAUAAUAUCAGGCUCAAGCAUUAAUGUGCAGGAGACUGCUGGUCAAGGUGAGUUUGGUAUAGUUUAUCGUGGAGUGAUGACAAGAGAGAAUCAAAUGCCACAACCAGUUGCAGUCAAGACAUUAAAAGGUAACUGUUUAGAUCAAAUUUACAGAUGA